AGCCCUCCCCCUGUCCAAGUGGCGUUAAUAACCAGACACAGAGAGGCUGCUACGGAGCAGAUGAAGAUGAAUCCAUGGACCCUCUCUGUGCUACUGCUGCUAGCUGGGCCGCUGGGGGCGGACCCUGACUGGCACGUGGAGUACCCUGACUCCUUCUGCGUGGUGGAGGGCUCCACCGCCACCAUCCCCUGCAGCUUCACCCACCCCGCGGGGCUCCGGGUGAAGCGGGUGGUCUGGUGCCACAAUCAUGAGUUCUGCCAGCGCCACGUGUACUUCGGGUACGACAGCAGCUACGUCCGGGCCAACAGCAGGUUCCUGUACCUGGGGGACCUCGUCAGGAACUGCACCUUGAAUAUCACCAAGACGGUGAAAGAGGAUGCUGCAAGGUACCGCUUCCGCUUGAAGACUAACGCCGAAGGGUACGCUGGACCGAAAGGAGUCAUAGUCAACGUCACUAAUGGAGAGGAUGUGAAGGUCAGAAGCUCCGUCACUGACCAUGUGGUGAAAGAGGGCGGUCAGGUCACACUCACCUGUACCUCAGCCUGCUCCUUCCACCAAUUGGACGUCCACUGGUACAGAAAUGGCCAUGCCCUAUCAGAGACAGGCCCCGCCCUCCACCUCAGCAAUCUGACCAAUGACGACACAGGGAAUUACACCUGCUCUCUGGACUCCAGUGGGCAGAACACCUCUGCGCCUUUGAGUCUAUUGGUGUUGGUAGAUGAAGAGAAGUCUGGCUGGCUCCUGUCAGUGCCGGUGGUGUUGGUGCUGUUGGCUGUGUUCCUUCUCCUCCUGGCUGGGCUGGUCUUCACUAAAAGGAGACAAGCACAAAAAAAGGAAUCAGAGGUGAUUCAAAAACAGGAGGUGGACCGUAAACAGGAAGCGGUGGGAGCUUCGGAGGAAGUCAGCUAUUCGACCGUCCACUUCAAACCAAGCUCCUCAAGGUCAGCCCCUGGACCGGAACAUGAGAUCGUCUACAGCGAGGUCGUUGGCUGAACCAAACUCAAGCAGCAACUCCUCUUCCUCCUCCAGUGAUGACCGAGAUAAGGGAACACUGACGUCAUCAUGUCUGUUGUCUCUCACAGACUUAUUGGUUGAGUCUUGAUUUUUUCAGUUUAUAUUUCUGAUUGUAACAUUUCUGAUGAUUUCAGUGUUUUAUGCAUUUGAGUUUUCUUUCUUUAUCGUAUGUUGUUGUUUAUUCUGAAUAUACUCAAGGUUGUCUAAAUAACGGUGAGGUUUGUAAAGACUGGUUCUUCUCCAUUCUGCUCCUGAUGACUAGGCUACUUUUUAAAAAAUACUUCUCCAUUUAGUUUUCUGAUGGCAAGGCAACUCAGUCUUUCGUGAGCCUGUCCUUCUUCUGCUAGCUUACAGUAUUUAUGCAAUCAUAUCUUGACAGACUAUCGGUCAUGUAUGCUUACAAUAAGAUCUGUCUUGUUCUUAUCAUCGGUGGUUGCUGUGUUAAAGUGAAGCCAUUUUAAAUACUGAUAAAGUUAAUGGGAGGCAGAUAAUCACCCUCACCACUGUGGAGCUAAUAUAAGAAGGGGGAAGUAGAAUUCACUGAAACUCAGCAGGAACUUUGUCUGCUGCCAUGUGUGUCGAAGUCCUCUCUGCUCCGAACACUAUUAUUAAGAUAUCAGAAGUCAGAUAGAAUUGAAUUAAAGUCUUUUUGUGAAGCAUCUGUAUAAAAAAUACAGGUAUUAUAGGUAUGCAUAACCCAAUUUAGACAUCGAACAAGCUUUUUGGGAACUUUAUUAGACCUUUCAAGUAGGCUAUUAAACUAUAGAAGUUGAAUUAUUACCU